AUGUGCGAUGUGUGUGUUGACUUUCACGACCUUCUACUCUCCUAUGAUGACAGAUCAUCAAAGGAACAAGAUGGCUUGACAAUACUUUGUAUUUCGGAUAUGGAUACAACACUACACUAUGUUAAUCAAUGGGUACAAAGGCAGUGUAUGUGCUGUUAUCGAGAAAUUAAAAACUUUGAUCGGUUUAUACGCUUAACUCAAAGUGUUGUAUUAUGUUCAUUACAACAAUUACAAAUUAUACAACAAAAUGGACAGCAAACAAAUGCUGGGAAAGUAUUAUCCAAAGAUGAAAAAGAAGAAAAAGCAGAUGAAGCUAAAACAGAAAAUGCGGAUUAUAAUGAAACAGAAACGCAAACACAGCAAAACUGGUCUCAACAGGACAGAGAAAAAUUGUUUCAUUUACUUUCAAAAAUAUUUUUAUUAAAUUUUCCUCUUUAUAUUGCAAUGAAACACGGUGGUGCAAUUAAUCCACUAGCUCCAGUAAAAGACGAAGGAGGGUACUGUGAGCCUCAUGAUCCAGAAGUACCAGCUCCUUUAAUUAGGGCAGUUUCUAUUUUUUGCCAUCAAGGUGGUUUCAAUCUAAUGUCUGCUUGUUUUGAUAUGGAAAAUACAUUACCUGUUAGUCUUGCGCACUCUAUGGUUGCAGUGAUUUGUAAUUUAAAACUUUGGUUAAAUUAUGGUAGUGUUAUUCAGCUUUUUAUACCAUUACGUAGUCGUGUUAUGAAAUAUAUGUGUCGUUUAGGAGAUAAAGAAUUACGCACACCGGCGGUUAGAACAAUGGCAGAUUUUAUGUGGAGUGCUGUUAAAGACCCUAUCGAUGCUGUUUUACCAAGUUUCGAUCGUGAUGGAUUGGACCUAGCAUUUAAAUAUUUUACUAGUACAACAUUAACUAUGCGACUAGCCGGAAUAGCUCAGAUAAAUGCUCAUAUCACUGCAUUCAAUGAACUUUGUAAUAGUGAAACUGUCGCUGAAGUUGAACAAGUGGGUCAUGCAUUGGCCGCUUGGCUAACAGAAAAUAAUAUAAUAGCUCAUAUAUUUGGACCAAAUUUGCACGUAGAAGUUAUUAAACAAAGUCACAUUGUAUUAAGUUUCUUAGCUAUGGAAGGUAGAAUCACUUGUUCAGAUAUGGAUACUAUGUGGCAAGCUGCACAAUUGAAACACUGUGGACGACCUGUAUAUGAUUUAUUGGCACCCUUAGUCAAACAUUUGGCUCCUACUCCAGUUUUACAUUUGUACUCUUUAUUAGGAAAAUUAGAGCCAAAGGACCACACUGAACAAAGUUUAUUUCUGGCAUCUGCCUUGAUCAAAUUUAUUUGGACAGCAGGUGGAUCAGGUUAUCCAAGAGGUUUAUCUAUAAAAAAUCGAGACAUUUUAAGAGGUACUAGUGGUAUUGGUGGUAGUAGUACUAGUGAUCCUAGUGGAAUAGACGGAAGCAGCCCGGACGAAGAUGAAGAAGAACCAAGUCCUGCUCCAUCUGAAGGACCUUCACCAAGGAAACAAGCAAGACGUGAUAGUAGUGAUGGAGAAGGUCCUUUUAAAACAAAAGGUAUGGGUACAGCGGUUGUGCAAACAACUCUAAACGAAACAGAAGAUUCUACAGUGGAUAAGUCUGAAUGCCUUCCUGAAUCAAUGAAAAUUUCUACGUGUAGUAUACAAGAUAUGAAAGAGAAACAGAGUGGUUCAGACGUAGAAGCUGACACAGAAAAAUCCAAUGCAGAAGAAACGGUCGCGGUUGAAAAAAGAAAGAGAAAAGUAUUAAGGAAAAGAAAAAAGCCACAAAAGCGUUCAUUAGCUACUGUAGAUAAAACGUUGGAGGACAUCGUUAAUCAAGAAAGCGGUGUAAAAGCUAAAGAUUUAAUGUUGGAUAUGAAAAAUAGAGCUGACGAUGUUUUAAAUAGUACUUUGGAUACCGGUGGAUUAGUUUCAAUCGAUGAUCCGAAAGGUGUUGACGCUUUGGAUCGCGCGAAGCAACAGGCGAUGGCCUUAGAUUCGAGUGACCAGCAAGUUCCAACAACGGCUGCAAUCUUAAGAAGAGCUAAUAAACACAAAUAUAUGUCAUUAGUUGGUCAUAACGUAGAUCGAGCUCCCGAUUCUGCAGAUACAUCACACGAUGAAGACGAUAGCGACGUAGCUGGUGUACUAGCUGCAGCAGACGGGCCUAGUGCUGUUAUAUCUGAGCUCGCUGGUUUAGUACACGCCACUGGUCCGACAUUUUUACCAUCCGGUUUAGAUGAAAUGCUGUCAGACGAAGAAGCGUAUUCUUAUAGCAGUAGAAUAUCAAAUAAAAGUGAGAAAAAUAUGGCAGACUUUGACGGUGAAGAGAGUGGUUGUGAAGAAGAACUAGCUCAAUUAGCUGCGCGUCAUUUAACAGCGAUACAAAUGCAAGCUUAUCAUCCCCAUCAUUCGCAUCCAACAAUGACCAUCAGACGAUCUGUUUGUCGUCCACCGCAAGUGAGAAGUAUUCGUCAAACGGUAACACGAGUUAGUUCCCAAUUCAACUUGGAUACCGUUUGCAAACCUGGAAAUACGUUAUUAUGGGAUCUUUUGCAAGACGAUAAAAUCGGUCAGCUAGGAGAAGGUUUAGCAUUAGAGGCUGAAAAAGCUUUGUGUAACCUUCUUUGUUUCAAUGUUGAUCGAUUGAUACCUAUGAAAUUCAUAGAAGGUUGUUUAGAAAAUCUCGCUACCAAUCGUUCAGUGGUUGUAUCAUUAAGAUUAUUACCUAAAUUAUUCGCCAGUUUCCAACAAUUUGGUGCAAUGGAUGCGCAUACGAUAACGACGUGGGCAGAUCGUGAACGUGGGAUGAUGAAGCAUUUCUUUAAUAAUCUAAAAACGUACACUAACACAGGACCGAAAAAUGGUUUAUAUUCUCAUCAGACGGAAAUUCAAGUUCGAUUACAAUUUUUAUCCUCGAUAUUUUCACCUUUGGGUUCACCUGAUUGCUUCCGCUUGAGUCUUGAACAAGUAGAUAUACUAUGGCAGUGUUUAUCACAAGAUCCAACCUGUGCUGAUGAACUGUUCAGUUGGUUACUAAGUCAAGCUAAAUCAACGGAGCAACACGCUCUGGGAAUGGAUACGCUUAAACACUUAUGUAUGCGUAAAUUACCAAGCUUGCCACCGGAAACUAUCAGUAUGACUGGUCUUAGUCUUUUUCAACAGUUGUGCAAUUUGGCUCGUUUAGCAGCUGCGCAUUUAGAUAGACCUUUGAGAGACGUAGAUUCGGUUGGUAUGGAUUUCUUAUGGAGAAUCGCGUUAAAAGCUAAAAGUACAGACGUUAGUAUGGCGGCUAUACAAUAUCUAAACGGAUAUUACAUGUCUAGACAAUUGACCCAGGAGGCUGAAUUUGUUUCACAAUGUAUGACCCAUCUCGCUGCGGCUAGUGCUGAUCUAGAAACGAACGAGGAAGCUAGUUUACGUUGCAUACAAAGAGCUUUGUUAUUACUAAGAACGCAUUUGGAAGCAUUUCGAAAACGAUACGCGUAUCAUUUGCGUCGCUGGAUACUGGAAGGUAGAGGCGCCGGUAGCCACGUAGCUAUGAACACUUCGGAGAAGGGUCAACAGUUGAGAAUAUUUGUACAACCAGCUGGAAUUCCUGAGAAAACAAGCUUCACUCUUUUUAGUACCGACUACGUUGCCGAUUUGAGAGCCGAAGUAGCUAAAUGGUGGGACGACACACAGAAUAAUCAAGAGAAAUCAUCGUCUACCACAAAUUCAAGUCAAAAUAACAGUUCAGUAUUAGGAUCUCUUUUAACCGACGGACCGAUCAGGAUGAUCACGCAAGGCCAAGAGUUAACUAUUGAUUUCGAUGAGAAAACACUCCAAGAAAUGGGCUUUAAGGAUGGACAGCUAGUAUUCAUAUCUCCUGGCGCUAGUCGAGGCAAUGGUACAGGUAGAUGUAACAAACGAGACGUUGAUUCACCGUCUCUUUUGCCACCACCUCCUCGAGAGUCUUUACCGACUUUGUUAUUGUUACGACCACAGUAUUUUGAGCAAUUAUUUACUCUAAUGAGAACACUGAGCGCCAUGAAAACUGUAGUGAAAGGUGGUCAAGAGAUUCCUCAUACAAAGGCUCAAGUACUUUCAAGGAGGGUUUGGGAUACGUUAACUUUGUUACCAACUAGUCCUACAUUAUUAAGAGGUUUUCAAAAACUAGGAGAAGCAUCAUUGCCGGAAUUGUUAGAUCCUGCUAGCCCGCAAAAGUUGAUGUAUUCUUUAUAUAUUGUGGAAUCUCUAAGUAGACGUAGCACGACCAGUCAGCCAUCCAUCGUCAACCCCGGUACAACUAGCAACGAGAACGAAGGGGAUGCGGAUGAUAAUCACGAUGAUAAAGAGAAAGAUGUUGCUUGGUCUACGUUGUUCGUUCAGCACGGAGGUUUACGUCAUCUGUUCGAGAUCUUUAUGUCUGGAUGUUUGGAACAAGGUGACGGUAGCGAGUGGCAGCAGGACUGUCUCGCUAGUUUAUUGAAACAGCUAUGUUAUUUGGGUGUCGUUAAAGAGGAGAAGAAGCGAAGUAAAGCGGACAAACUGCUCGUACCUAAGUUAAGCGAAGCUAUGCUUUCAAUGAUGAACGUCGAAGCGGUUAUGUCACGAAUAACGAACAUAUUAAACGAAGCAUCCUUGCCUAGAGAUCCGAAUCACUAUAAAACAGGACUUUUUGGUAGAUCUCAAGUUAUUCACUAUACUAUGGCUUUACUAGUUUGUUGGCUGCACAGCGAUGAAACAGUCAGACAGUAUCUAUUCUCAUCGCCGGAACCAUUUGGAAAAACUUGGCUAAGGAGAUUGGUAUUAGAGGAUCCUGAACCUGCGGUGAGAAGGGAAGUUUGUACAGCAUUAUAUAGAUUAUGCUUAGGCACUACUGAAUCCGAAGAUGACAAUUCUGACAGUUCUAGCUUGAUCGUACCAAUGUUGAACACGUUAUUGGAACAUCUUGUAAUUGCAGAAGCGAUGCAGCCUUCUCAUAGGAAACCAGAUUUACCAUUACACCUACAUCCAGUGUUGGACGAUGGAAAAGAACCGUACGGACCUGCUUGUAGAGAUUAUUUUUGGCUGGUUUGUCGUUUGGUUGAUUCACUUCCAGAAGAAGCUAUUAAGGAAGGUUCAGAUGAUUCUAAUGUAACGAUAGACCUCGAGGCAUUAGCGAUAAGAGUGAUCGACUCUGUUUUGAACAGAGAACAUCUCGAGACACGACAUAAUACAGUGGAGGACGACGGUCUGGUUGGUUUGUUAAAUCUCACUUGUAACAUCAUGACGCAUAACCCGCCCUGUAAGCAAGGAAAGAUCGGGCAGAACUUACUUCACGAGGUGUUUGAUUUUCUAUUCGCAUUGCCGAAUCCACGAUCUAAACACGUGCCGAAAUGUAAGAGUCAAGUAUCCAGAUCGGCGGCUUUUGAUCUCUUAGUCGAACUUGUCAAAUCAGCUCCCGACAAUUACAAGAUACUGCAUGAAAAAUUACUGGCUCAACAUAAGCCCGGUCCUCAUUCUCCGUAUCCAUGGGAUUAUUGGCCACACGAGGAUGGUCGUUCCGACUGUGGAUACGUGGGAUUGACAAAUUUAGGCGCUACUUGUUACAUGGCCAGCUGUAUGCAACAUUUGUACAUGAUGCCGCAAGCACGUGUCUCGAUAUUGGGAGCUGAUUGUAAUCGAGCGAACAAGCAUCAGCUGACGUUAAGAGAACUCCAAAGAAUGUUCGCGUAUCUUUUAGAAUCCGAAAGGAAAGCGUACAAUCCUCGAAGCUUCUGUCGCGUGUACACCAUGAAUCACGAGCCUCUUAAUACCGGUGAACAGAAAGAUAUGGCUGAAUUUUUUAUAGAUCUUGUGUCUAAAUUAGAAGAGAUGACGUCGGAUUUGAAAAAUUUGGUGAAGACGUUAUUCUGCGGUGUGAUAUCCAAUAAUGUUGUAUCAUUAGAUUGUGAACAUGUAAGUAGAACGCUGGAAGAAUUUUAUACGGUUCGUUGUCAGGUAGCUGACAUGAGAAAUCUUUAUGAAAGUUUAGACGAAGUUACAGUUAAAGAUACAUUGGAAGGAGACAAUAUGUACACGUGUUCGCAAUGUGGGAAAAAAGCAAGAGCAGAAAAGAGGGCGUGUUUCAAAAAAUUACCCCAUAUACUGUGCUUCAAUACAAUGAGAUACACAUUUAACAUGGGAACUAUGUUAAAAGAGAAAGUCAAUACUCAUUUUAGUUUUCCAUUAAGGUUAGACAUGUCUGGAUACGUUGAGAAAAAGCUUAUGCCUCAACAUUAUCAGGAAGAGAAGAAAGCAUCUGAAAAAAAGAAAAAAUCUGAAGGUGAUUGUCAAGGAUUAAAUAAUGACGAUGACGAAGGAGAGAUGGAACAUUACCAGUAUGAUUUAAUUGGUGUAACAGUUCAUACUGGCACUGCGGAUGGUGGGCACUACUAUAGUUUUAUUAGAGACCGUACAUCUCCUAACAAAGAUAAAUGGUUUUUAUUCAACGAUGCUGAAGUUAAACCGUUUGAUCCGAAUCAAAUAGCAGCUGAAUGUUUUGGCGGAGAAAUGACGAGUAAAACAUACGACUCUGUUACGGAUAAAUUCAUGGAUUUUAGUUUUGAAAAAACUAAUUCUGCAUAUAUGCUUUUCUAUGAAUGGUGUGCUGAUCUUGGUGAUCAGGCAAAGGAAGAAGAGGCUACUGUCUCCAGCCCUAAUGGACGGCAAUGUUCUUCGUUAGUUUACAAAAAUACUAAUAAACUACCACCUUUGGAGUUGAAUAAAGAAUUAGAAGAUUGGAUAUGGCAGGACAAUAUGCACUUUUUACAAGACAAAAACAUAUUCGAACAUACAUACUUUACAUUUAUGUGGCAAAUAUGCGGUUACAUACCGCAGACAUUGUUAUCUGUACAGCCUGAUAUCACAGAAAUGUCAGCAGACCUUUCAACAUCGUUUUUUAUGGAAACCUUUAUCCACGCUAAAGAGAAACCAACUAUGGUACAGUGGGUAGAAUUAUUAACAAAACAGUUUAACGGUUCAGCUGGUGCGUGUGCUAGAUUCCUUGAAAGGAUGGCUGGAGAUUCGUGGUGGCCAAUUCAAAUUCUAGUCAAGUGCCCUAAUCAAAUGGUAAGACAAAUGUUCCAAAGGCUAUGCAUUCAUGUGAUACAACGAUUGCGCGCUACUCAAGCACCUUUAUAUCUUCUUUGCGAUGAAGAAAACGACAUAAACACUGUCGGUACUCGGUCAUGCGUUACGAGAUUCGUGAGAAUGCUUUUGUCCCUGAUGGAACAUGCGAAACAACAUUUAAAACACCUUACUGAAUAUUUCAGUUUUUUAUAUGAAUUUAGCAAAAUGGGCGAGGAGGAAACGUUAUUUCUAAUAAGAGUACAAGCCAUAUCGACUAUGGUAAACUUUUAUCUUGGUCAUAAGACACACGAAUUUGUUGAUGCGGUUAGCGAAGAGGAAGAGGAAGAGGAAAUAGUUGCUGUGCCAACAGAAAAGUUGAGACCUGCUUCUCUAGACAAAAUGAUUACUUUGAUAGCAACUUUAGUUGAACGUAGCAGAGGACCCGAUCACAGACUGGCACUAUCGCCAGCAGAUCUCAGUGCCGUAGCAGGUGGUAAAGGAUUUCCUUUUUUGUAUCAACAAACCCGAGAUGUCAUUAAUCUCAAUCAGACACGAAAUUUAAUACAAUCUUUAUGUCGUUGGAAUGAUAGAUUAGCAAUACAUAUUAUAACAAUGAUAUUUCAAGCUAUAACAAAGCAUACCGACGUAUGUCAACCAUUCUUUAAACUGUUGACAUUGUUAACCGAGAGUUCAGGACCAAGUGGAUUACCUUGUAUGACUCAAUUAAUUUUGGGCAGAGUAUGGGAGGCAGCUAGAGUUGCUCCACACGGUGCACUAGAAUGGCUAGCUUUAGCUGUAACAAGAAGCAAGCUUGCCCAUGCUUGGGUGUUACAAGGGUUGGACACUUGGUUGCAACAUUUUUUGUUGGAACAUUCGAAUCAAAGAGUUCGUUCUGCGGCUGCCUUUCUUCUCGUAUCGCUUGUUCCAUCGACUCAUUUUAGACAGGGUUAUCGCAGUGCUCAUAGAUUAGGUUUAGGAUGUAAUACAUCUAGAGAACUCCAACUGUCAUCGGAAGCAACAUUGAUUUUGCAUCAAAUAUACACGGCGCUUUUAAGAUUAUUGCAACCUGCCAGGCAUUAUAUUGAUAUACAGACUCACGGUACAAUGAAACUCACUGCCUACUUUGCAUUGCUCACUUAUUGCGUUGUAUCUAAAACGGAAAAAUUAAUGUUUGGACAGUAUUUAAAUGAUUUGUGGACACUCUUUCAUCCAAAACUUUCUGAGCCUAGCAUUCCAGUGCAUCAUAAUAAACAAGCUGUACUGUUGUUUUGGUACCAUGUUUGUUCUGAUUGUCCAGAAAAUGUUGCUCUCAUACUUCAUAAUCCGCACAUAACUAAAAAUAUUGCAUUUAACUAUAUAUUAGCUGAUCACGAGGACCAGGAUGUAGUAUUAUUUAAUAGAGUAAUGUUACCCGCUUAUUACGGCUUAUUACGGCUUUGUUGUCAACAGUCGCGUACAUUUACGAGACAGUUAGCUGCACAUCAAAAUAUUCAAUGGGCAUUCAAAAACAUAACACCUCAUCCUACUCAAUAUUCGACCGUAAGACUUAAAUUUAUUUAUGGUUUAUUUUUUGCUGCUGUGCAAGUUUAUAUACGAGGAAAUAUUUCUUUGUUACAGGCGGUAGAUGAAUUAUUUAAAUUGAUGCAAUUACUAGUUGCAAGACAUCCAGAUCAAACAGAACAAGAAGAAGCUGAAAUUGCAUCGUUCAGAAGGGGAACAUUAUCGUCGUACUUACAAGGACUAGACGGGAGAUCCUGUUGGGCUACACUUAUUUCUGCAUUUCGCAUUCUAAUCGAAUCAGACGAUGAUCGUCUCUACGUUGUAUAUAACGGAGGAUUAAGUAUGGCUUUGGAAGCAUUUCAUAUGUUGCACAUCAUGUAUCACGAAGCAACAGCAUGUCACGUUGCUGGAGACUUAGCUGAAUUAAUUGCCAUAAUUGUGGAACUGGUACGAUGUAUCAGAACCGCUAGGGAUGGACCGGAUGCAAGAAACAUAUUGGCGAAUUGCAAAGAAUGGCCGGAUAUUCUACGAAAAUUAGCAACGUUAUUGAACACGUAUAAUCCUCCAGAUAUGCGAAAUCUUGCUAUAGAUCUUUUAAAAGAACUCGUCAUGCUUGUUCCCGCUGAAGCGAUAUUAAUUUUGGCACCAUUGCUCUCACACUGCCAUGCAGCACUUCAAGAGUCUCAUGCCGCUGUUCCGCCUGGUCCGUAUCUUCCACGAAGAUCUACUCCUCCAGGAAAAAUGCCUACUCGACCAGCUAGACCGAUGGUUCAAAUGGCAGUGCCGCAUUCUCAGUUGGAAGCGUCUAAAGGAGUAGAUCCAGAAUAUGAUAACGCUUUGCUUGAAUUUUAUUUACCAUAUCAUGAACUAAUUGAUGUAAUGUGCAGAUUGGCAAUCAAUAAUGAUUGUAUGACUGAUACAUUAGUUAAUUUGAGUGCUAUGUUAGGAUUCGAAGGUGUUCCAUUGCACUUAGCUUUGUUCCCUAGAUUAUGGUUAGAUGUUCAUGCUGCUACACAUAUAGACAGAAAACAUAUUGCAUCCCUUCUUUGUUCUUCCUACACAGUGGAUUACGUAGAUGCUGUGUUACUAGACGAGAGAUCUUCGUUAGGGAUACCAGCGAUUCAUGCUUUUUUCAAGACUUUCUUUCCUAAACUUGCUAAUCACGUAUUAACUGAACAAACUUGUUUACUUAUCGAUAACUUAGUUAGUUCGAUGGUGGCAAUGGUGGAAGCGGUAGAUAUUCAAGCGUCUGCACACCGGUUAACCGGAGAUUUGAGAGCUUUGGCUCUUAUCUAUAGCAGUAGUACAAGACUGAAACCGCCGAGUAGUUUGUUACCAGCUUUAGAAACGUUACUAUCUCGAACGAAGGCCAUUAAAGUGAAAGAUUCUAGCCAACAGGAAGUAGAAGCCCCAACGAAGAAACGUAAAUUUAAUGUUAACGAGGAUAGCGAGACGAGUGAUAAAGAACUACAUCUACCUAUAAAGGAACUUAACGAACAAAAAAAUGUAUCCGACAUAAACGUUGAGAAAAAAGAUAAAACAGAAACAAAUGAUAUGACUUCGUCUGAUUCUGGAGAUGAUAAAACCAUAUCAAGAAAUACUAUUCAACCUGAAAAUAUUCCUACCAGUAUCACCACGAUAUCCUCGAGUUUAAUUGAUACUGUGACAAGUAACAAUUGUACGAAUCAAUUACGAUGUUCGUUAACUAACGUUUCCUGGUUCGAAAUGUUGGAAAAGACUAUUAACGAUUUGCAAACUAUUGUGCAAUUACAAACGAAAAGUAACUAAUUCUGUACGUGUUUUUUUAAUGGUGCUCUGAUCAUAGAAGCACAUAAUACAGGACUAAGUUUACGUGUAAUUGUGUGGUUCUCUAAGAUAACAGGACGGAAAGAUUCAGUUAUAUACAUUCAAGAUUUAGAUGGACAAAUUUUAGUGCGUUUGUGUUCUAUAGAAAAAAAAAAAAGGGAUGCAUAUAUUACCAUGUAUGUAUCAAAUGCAAUUUAUUUUCCAAAUGUAGGUAAAUAAGAUAAUUUUACUCAGUUAAGUUAUAUUAACACAUGAAAAAAAAGAAAUAAUCAAUUGGAAUUUUCAUUUUACAUAAUAAAUGUUCGUUGGUGCUGUGAGAUCACCUAUCUCCAGGCAACAUUUGUGUACAUUAUAAUAUGUACAGCAAUAUAAGCCGCCCAGUAUUCUGUAACAGGAAUUGUGAAAUGCCUUGAGAUAGUUUAAGAGAUACAGAAUCGUGAAAACUUUCUUGGAGCUAUAAUUAUGUUUCUAUACUUAUUUCAAUUUAUAGGGGUACCACCAUAAGAUUCUUUCAGCCUUUCAUAAAAGAUAAUAGUAUGUUUUUUUGGAUCAGCUUUUAAACUAUGUAUGUUUAAAUAUUAUUUACGUAUUGAUCUACAAAUUUCAUUAAUUUAUCAUUGUAAUAUACUCUUCAUCAUAUUUUAAACGUUUUCAAAUAAUUAAUCAUGUAAGUUAUAUAUGAGUGCUUUUUAUCAUAGAUUGUUGCACUUCUAUCCAAUAAUUUCCAAUAUAAUUUAUGUGUAAAAUUAUAUACCGAUGCAUUCUCUUGUAUUUGUUGUAUACUUAAAUAGAAAAUAUUAAUUUUUCUUCUAAGUGAAUUGUAUUAACAAUUUCGAUAGAUUUCUUUUCAAUAUCGUAAAUGUAUUUUGUUAUGCCUUAUUUUUUUUCUGAUAUUGUACCUCGUAUAUUUUUCGUGAAUUACAAGAAAUCUAAGAAAUUAAAAUAAAAUUUUUAUUUAUAAAUACUACACACAAAAAGCGAUGCCGUUAGUAAAAUUGGUAAAUUGCUCUCUUUCUUUGUAAAAUAGUAACCGAUACAAGUAUCUCACAUCACAAAUGAACAGUUGUGAAAUUUCAAAAAAAAAAAAAAAACGCCUUUAUG